CUGCUGAUCGUGGCCGGCUCCGUGUGCUUCAUGCUCAUCCUGUACCAGUACGUGGGGCCGGGGCUGGGCCUGGGGGCGCCCAGCGGCCGCGCCCCGGCCGAGGAGCUGGACCUGUUCCCCACGCCGGACCCGCACUAUGUCAAGAAGUACUACUUCCCCGUGCGGGCGCUCGACCGCGCGCUCGCCUUCGACAUGAAGGGCGAGGACGUGAUCGUCUUCCUGCACAUCCAGAAGACGGGCGGCACCACCUUCGGCCGCCACCUGGUGCGCAACAUCCAGCUGGAGCAGCCCUGCGAGUGCCGGGCCGGCCAGAAGAAAUGCACCUGCCACCGGCCGGGCAAGCGGGAGACCUGGCUCUUCUCCCGCUUCUCCACCGGCUGGAGCUGCGGCUUGCACGCCGACUGGACCGAGCUCACCAACUGCGUGCCGGCCGUGGUGGACAGCAAGAAGGAAGCCAAGCGCAGACCGUCCAGGAACUUUUACUACAUUACUAUCCUGCGCGACCCUGUGUCCCGGUAUUUGAGUGAAUGGAGACAUGUCCAGAGAGGAGCAACAUGGAAGGCUUCCUUACACGUAUGUGAUGGAAGAUCGCCAACUACUGAAGAGUUACCCAGCUGUUACACCGGGGACGACUGGUCAGGCUGUUCCCUCACGGAGUUUAUGGAUUGUCCGUACAAUCUAGCCAAUAAUCGGCAAGUCCGCAUGCUGUCCGACCUGAGCUUGGUUGGAUGUUACAACUUGUCUGUCAUGCCAGAGGAGCAAAGAAACAAGGUUUUGCUAGACAGCGCGAAGGAGAACCUGAAGCGUAUGGCCUUCUUCGGCCUUACAGAGUUUCAGAGGAAGACUCAGUAUCUGUUUGAAAAAACGUUUAACAUGAACUUCAUCGCGCCAUUCACACAGUAUAAUAGCACAAGGGCCUCUAGUGUGGAAAUAGAUGAGCAGACUCAAAACCAGAUUGAGACCCUCAAUUUUUUAGACAUGGAGUUGUACGAUUAUGCAAAAGACCUUUUUUUGCAAAGGUAUCAAUACAUGAGACAGAAAGAACACCAAGAAGCCCGACGGAAGCGCCAGGAGCAGCGAAAGAUCCUGAAGGCAAAACAAGACCGCAAUAAAGAACAGAGCGAUGAUAAUUCAACUACUGAUUACAUAGGGAAUGUGGAGCGUUGGCGAUAGUGGGGACUGAAAUCUUUUAAGUUAGACUAGUCGAAUACCAUAAACAAAAACCACACAAAUCAUAGACGAUGACGCUAGUCCAAACCAAUUGCUCUUCUUAAAUAUUUGACGCAAAAGAGGUUAAAAAGUUGCCUUUGCAGUUGCCUUUGCAUUAAAUGUUGUACUGUACGUGGAAAACUUAACCUUCCUGUGUAAUUAACUUGUCCUUUUUCAGUUUGUUGGAUUAUUUAUGAAACACAAAAGCCAAGUGGGCUGUCCAGAAAUUGUUGCUUGAACCUCUAGGGGAAAAAAUCCUUAAAUUAGUUCUGGGUAUGAAAUGGGGUGUUAGAAAUCUGACAUCAUGCACUAUUAAACCUCUAUCAGAAGCAAACUGAUUUCCUAGUAAUAAGCAUACAUAAGUUUAAUGUGCAUACAUAGUAACGCAUGUGUGCAAAACUCCCCUCUUUGAUUUUUAUUUUUUUAUUUUGAUUUUAAUUAUUUCUGAGGCCCCCCCAACUGCUUGCAAUAUUUACCAAUUUUCAAGAAAGUGAAAGGAACAAUUAACAUUUAGAGGAAAAGUUGACUCAUUUCAUGUAUGAUGCUGGCUUUUAAAAAAGAAUAAAAGUAAAUUGUCUAGUUAUAUACAAAUUAAAUAUUUUAAACUUUUUCUACCUACCGCAAAGAGUUUUAAACUUGGUCUGUCUCACGUUAAAAAAGUAACACUACACUUUUCUGAACCGAAAAUCAAUGUUAAGGACACUAUUUUCAGAAUUUUUCAUGGCAGUAUCAUUUUCAACAUUCUGGAAAUAUAUGGCAUAUCUUCAUGUUUCAUAUAGUCUUUUCAAAAUGAUACUCCUGUAUACUAUCCAGACUUAACAGUCUUUCUUAUACCUUGGAAUAUAUGUUGUGGCUUUUACCAAAUACUGAAUAUUUGGUCAUUUAAGACAGGAGAGUCUUUCUAAGAAAUUAUCUUGUGAAUGUUUGCAUAGCGUCUGUCUAAACGAAAACCCAACCAUCUCAAAUCCUGGCAACAUUUUUCAAAUAAUUGCUUUGGUUAUUCGUGACUAACUGGAGGUGAAAUAGAUUUACACUUGAAUUGUGAUUUGGUAAAUCUUUCCUGCGUGAUGUAAAAAUCAAGCUCUUUUCUAAUGCAUUCGAGCCCUUUUUAGUGCUGACAGAUUGUAGACAAUUAUAAAAGAUUGCAACAUAUGCGAGUAUAUAGCCAUAGUUACACAGUAAAAGACGGUUGUGUGGUAAAAUGGGAUGAGCAUCUUACCCAAGCACGCGCAUCACUGAGGGUCUGGGUGUAGAGAUCAUUCUGAAAGUUCUCCUGUGAUCCAGUUUCAUCUGGAUCGGGUCUAGAAGGUGGCCACGUUAGAGGUAAGGACGGGAAAUGUGAUUUGAUCAUACAAAUCUCUAUGCAAAACAACUGUAAAGAUUCCAGUUAUAACUUGGGUCAAGUUUAGAAAUGUCAUGUGUAGCCCUCCGGGCUCUCAAGCAUUGUACUAACUGGCAACUUUCUUUUAUGUGCUUGUUCUAUUUUGUGUAGGCUUGUGUUAACUCUACUGACACACACACACACACACACACACACACACACACAUACACCCCGUCCCGGUUACUGCUGAGUGAGGGAAGCUAUCUGAACAUGGCUUCUCUCGUUACGAUGCGUACCAUGCUCAUUUCCACUAUAGCCUUUCAUCUGUCAUGUUCAAUGCACAAGUAGGGCAGGAGGCGUACAAUGAGAAUGCUUUAAAAAAAAUCACAUCUGUGGCUCCAUGCCGCAGCGGUCUAAAGGUCCUGUUACAUCGGGCAUCCUGGCAGUGGUGCUGACUGAGAAAACGGGAAAAAGAAUGAAAUGAGCUGUCUUAGCAAUGUGGGAAGUAAAAUAACUCCCUGUCCAGUGCAUUCUCUUUACCGAGAAGUCCAUUCGCCAAUAUGGUGUCUCAAUUCUAUUUUGGUUUUUAUGGGGGAAAAUAAUCCACUCUUAAAACCGAAAGGCAUUUUUGGGAACAGGGACUCAACCCAAAGCUGGUCGGAGGGCCUGUUGCACAAGGUGCAUUUUGUUUUUAUGCUGUGGUGUGCAUGGUUUACAAAGACUAGUUGCAUUUUCUCUGUGUAUACUGUUUAUUGUAUAUAGGGGCCAUAUGAAUAUAAGGCUAUAAGGUUUUGUCAUAAGCAUAUAAAUUCUACUGAUUUCCACUGUAGAUUGCUGUCUUAUUGUGUAGAUUUACAACCCAAGCCACUGACUUUGAUUGUGUAAUUUAACAAUAGAACCAAUAAAUAAAAUUUAAUUAA